UUCAACUUUUUAUAUUGGAAAGACAGAGGAAAAGGAGGGAGAGAGAGAGAGAGAGAGAGAGAGAGAGAGAGAGAGGAACAACUCUUUAAUUCUUUUGAGAGGAUCAAUUUUUUUUUUUCCCCCUCUUGCUUUGAGGAUAAUUUUGGAGCAAGUUUAUUAUGGCUCAGACUUACAUCCCUCCAUUUCCGAACUUGAGAAACGGCGACGAUGUCAACUACACCGAAUGCUUCGACAUUGCUCGAGAGGAACGAAUCGCCGGCAUGACGGUUGACCCGAAUGACUCGAAUCAGAACCCGAAAACCAAUCCACCACCACCACCACCACCGGCGAAAACCAAGAGCGAGGGGCACCGACCCGUUAAAGCUUCGACCCGACCCGAUCCUCAACAUUACAAGGACAAAGUGGAUGAUGGCUCUUCGCGCCAGAAGUCGAGUAAAGCUGGUAGUAGAGGAGGGCCAUCCCCACUCCACCCAGCUCACGAAUCGAAACCGUCGAGGAAAGACGGAGCGAAUCCUCCCGCGGAGAGAUAUCCGACACAUAAUUCUCAUCAUCAGCAACACAAGGAUCAAAGGGAUGAUGGUUCUUCCCAUCGAAGGCCGAGCAAAGCAAGUAGCAGAGGACCAUCUCCACUACACCCAGCUCAUGAGUCGAAAUCUCUGAGGAGCGACAGACCGAAUCCUUUCGCAGAGAGAGUUCCGUCCGAUGGGCGCGGUUCCCAUACUCCGGGAAGAAGUCGGAGAAAACAUGCAGGAGGCCAAGGCUAUGAACCUCAGAAGGAAGACCAUUAUGCGAUCCCACCGCUCACUAAUUUCGAUGAAAAUAACGCGGUAAAUAUUACCGACGUCUUCAAGAAAGCGAAGGAGGAUCUAUCAUCUGCAUCACCUAAUGUUCAUGCCCAGCCAACUUAUCCAACUUAUCAAACUACCAAGCACGAAAAGAGUUCCCAGAAGAGUUGCUCGUGCUGCGCCGUGAUGUGAUUGGAAAAUUAUAUGAAGAUUGAAGAACCUGUAUAUAUUUUUAUAUACAUUCCCAGAAAAGCCUCUACUCUUGUGGAGAUUUAAAUUUCAUUUAUCAAAGCAUUUUUCUUCUGUUUCCAUGUGCCUUGUUCUUUUGUUCUUGUAAUUGACUAUUGAGUGUUUUAUAAGCAAAUGAAUUGGCUUUUGCAGCUUUUCAAUUUCA